GUGUGUGCUGUAUGUGUAUACAUUUCAUGUAUGUGAACGCUUAUGGUAUUUUAUGUGUGUCUUUAGUAAUCUUUACUUGUAUGUUUGGUGUGUGUGCGUGUGUGUAUGUGUGUGUGUUUGAGAGAAAAAAGGCCUUAACCAUAAUGCUUAAGCAAUGCAGGUCCAUCUCUAAUAAUUGAAAAAAGGUACUCUGUCUCAGCUCAUCCCCCACACAGUUUGUCUGUGUGAUCACUGCUGUACCUGUGGACGCAAAUUAGGUGGGAGGAAAAAUAUUUUCACAAGUGGCUCGUCUGUUAAACUGGUUUAAGGAAAUGUCAGUUAUUGCCUGCAUGCAUAGACACCAGAUAAACAUAUGAAAAUGGUUUUUGAACUGCUGAGUCUAAUGUAUAAUUAUUGUUUAAUUCAGUAGGUUCUAACUCUUGCCAACCUGUCUCUUUGAUCUGUUUGGCAGGAUCAACACAGGUAGACAAGUCAUUCAUUCUUCAGGGCACACAACUUAGCUGAGCCCAGUGUGAAAUACACCCCAAGCCACUCUCUGUGUCGAAUCCACAUUACACAUGAGAAGUUGUGAACACAGACAAACAAUGAAAAAAAUAUAUAUCGGCAAAACCUCCCUAAAAGUCCCCAGAAAUGGUGGUAAACAUCAAAAAAAGAGUUCUUUGCAGGAGCAGAAGGAGGAUUUGCGAAAGCGGCUGUCCUAUACCACCCACAAGCUUGAGCUGCUGGAAAGUGAGUUUGACUCCACACGCCAGUAUCUGGAGACAGAGCUCCGCAGGGCCCAGGAAGAGCUUGAAAAGUUUACAGAAAAACUACGCAGAAUACAAAGCAGCUACUCAGCACUGCAAAGGAUCAAUCAAGAUCUUGAGGAGAGGAAUCACAGAAAUUCACAACACCAUGACGACGAGAAGCGAGCCCUUAGCAGAGAGGUUAUUGUCCUUAAUAACCACUUGACGGAGGCCAAGCUGACCAUAGAGAAACUGCAGGAAGACAAUGAUCUUUAUAGAAAGGAUUGCAACCUGGCUGCUCAGCUACUCCAGUGCAACAAGUCACACUAUAGAACCCAGUUGUCUGAGCUGCCUGCCGAAUUCCAGGAGCGUGUUACCAUGCACAUGGAAGGAACUCCUCUCUGCCACACUCCCUACUCAGACUCUGUUUCUGCGUCUGUCAUUGCCAAGGUUCUAGAGAAACCGGAUGAUACAUGCAGCAGUCAAGCUUCCAAUUCACCUAGCCCCCAACCCCAGGACCAAGGCUUUCUUCUAGAUACCAUUAGCAGUGGUGAAUGCUUAGGCCUUCAGGUGGCCUACAAGUCAGACUUGCACAGUAGUGACACAGCCCUAUACUGCCCUGAUGAUCGACACCGUGAGCGCAGGCCCAGCAUGGACCUCCAUGGCCAAAUAAAGUUCUUGUACGGGCCCCAGAACUCUACAGACAGUAAUCCAGAAGAGAGCUCCAUAGGACUGAGGCCCAGCUUCUCCCAGGACCAUUUUGCUAAGUUUCCUGCCUCACUAGGCGCUGCCUCCAGCUCCUAUUCUAGUUUCAGUGGAGGUGGGUCUGAAGACAAGGGCAAUGGUCCCCCUAGCAGCACAGCAUCCUCCCCCCACCACCAUUCCCUCUACAUGGACUGGAGAGACGGGGGCGACUAUGAAAGGAAGAGUGACUCAUCCUGGGAGAGAGACAGUCCUGGUGGUUUCAGCAAGACCCACAGCUUCCAGCAAGCAGAGAUGAGCCACCGCCAGAAUGACAGCUCGCCUGUCUACAGCCGCACCAUGUCCUCUUGCUUCAGUGAGCCCUAUGAGCCUCUGCCACCGUCCUCCUCGCCCAGUGUCGCCUAUGGAGACAGUCGCCGUGGCAGCAUGCUGGUCCCUGAGGAGGAGGAGCUCAUUGGGCGCUGGAGGCAACUGAGUGUGGAGGACCUGAGUGCCCACUACCACAGCCCCGGCCGUGCCUCACCUUACAGUUUCUCUGAACAGCAUUUCUCAGUGCGACCGGCCAAAAUUCACCUGGGGCCCAUUUACAGCAGUUUUCAAGAGGGGGCUGACUACUACCACCACACUGGAGCCGUCAUGGACCCAGUCUGCUUCUCUAACCCCAGCCCAGAAUGCAGCCCGGGGCUGCACCAGUCCCACAGCCCAGCCCACCUGUACCACGCUAAGGAGGACGGUCAGGAGUCUGAGACCAGCAUAUACCACUCAGGCAGCUCCAAGGACACAGAGGGUAGUAUUGCAGCCGGGGGGCAUACAAAAGAGUAUGUGGACAUCAGUCUCAAUAGCUCCACAGAAUCCCUAUCCCAGAGAUGUCUGGAGAUGGCAGCUGACCAUCACUACCAGGCCGAGAUGCAUAGUUCACCACCCCAGAAGAACCCUCCACUGCCCCCACCUUCACCCCCUCCCCCUCAGUAUAAAACAUUUGGCACCUUGGGACUUUCUCGAAAGGACAGUCUGACCAAAGCUCAGUUGUAUGGUACACUGCUGAACUGAUUAAGGCCCCUAAUUUGUCAAUUUCUCUUUCCCUGCUCUAGUAUAGUUGUAUAUCGUGGAGCUACUCCCCAUAGGGAGCUCUUCUCCUUGUGGUUUACCCUUCUGUGUACGUGCAGCCAAUCAACUGAAGCUUAACUGUAUCCACUGCAGGUGUCCUAAUUGAGGGCACCAUGCCGCUGCUCAUGCUCCCAAAAACGUCAGCACGGGUUGAAAUCUGGAAAGAACAAUUUAGAAGCUUCAAGACUUGUUUGUGACUGGAGCAUCUGCCACUCACUUCGUUGUUGAGAUGUCUAUCCCGCCACCAUCACAUGGGGCUUUCUCAGGGCCCAUGGCAGGAUGUUGCCAAUGGGGAACUGCAAAAACAGGUAUGUUUUUCUGAGAAGAGGUGUCCUUCUGAUGUCUUUAACAGAGACAGCUAAACUGAAGAGACACCUCAUAUUCCCAUAAGAGCAGAUAUCCCCUGUCCCUGCAGCUACACCUCUUUCAGAGCUGUGCAGAUGCCGUCUUGUUAAUGGCAGGGGACAUUUGCAAAAUCGUUCACAUGCCUCGUCAUUGUAGUUUCUUUAUUUACUACCAAAGCAUUUAUUAUUAAUACAGUUGAAAUUGGGAAUUUUUUUGUUGCAGGUCGAUUUAAGGUUUGCGCCCCUAAAUGUUCUGACUGCCCCUAAAAUGUUCAUUUAGGGGCUACAGUGCCCCUUGUUAAAAAAGAGUUUGUCUGGAGCCCUGUGUAGUCUUUCUCAACUGUCAGAAAACAGAUUACUCUCUUUGUGUGGCUACAGAAACUACACUGCUAACUGCCAGCAUAGGCUCCCUUGGUUUUUCCAUGGCUGAAGGCCUCUGA